CCAGCCCCUAUUCCUUUCAUCGACCAUGAGAUCAUAAUGCACCACAAACACGCUGAAACCCAGCUAUUUACGGACUGUUAGGUAUAAUCAAAGGACGGAUUAUGGCUUCAGAAGAGAUAGAAUUAAACGGAGGUGCUAGCAGAGGUGAUUCGGCAGAGAGCUGCAUGUAUCCAUGGCAGGACAGAGAAAGAGGAAGAGACCCCAGGCUGUUACUUUUAGAUUAUUGGUUCAGUUUUCUACAGGAAGGGUGUUGGACAAGUGUCAGCAUCUGAGUGUUAAGGAUGUCACGAAAAGAGGGAGUUUUUUUACUUUCUUUGCACUCUCAGUGUAGGCACAAGAGUCUUUCUGUUGAGCAGCUGGACUGAACCAUUCCCAAAGUCAACACCUGUCCAGCCCUCCAAUGAAGAGCCUGGAGAAUGUUUGGGCAUAUGCAGUCAGUCUUAUCCAACGAUGAGACAUUUUCUGCCAUCUCAUAAACUUAGUCUGACAUUUUUUCUUACAUUUUUGGUAAACACUUAAGACUCACACUUUAACACAAACAAAGUUUGCUGACACAAAGCAGAUGUAUUAAUGUGACACAAAAUGACAUCAGAGCAUGCUCACACCUGCAGCCUGACCUCUCCUUCCCUGCAAUAGAGAAGAAUAAUGCUUUUGUGUUCACAGAGCCACAUUAGCAAGAGGCAUACAGAGCUCUUCCUCUUAGUAUUCUCAGAAAGCAUCCUCGGGGGGGCCGCUGGUCAAGAAACACACAACUUAACAUGAACCAUUACGCUAAUAAGAAGAGUGCAGCGGAGAGCAUGCUGGAUGUAGCGCUGCUGAUGGCCAACGCAUCCCAGCUGAAGACCGUCCUGGAGUUGGGACCAAACUUCUCCUUCUACAUUCCUAUUAUCAGCCUCAUCAGCAUCUCCCUCAUCUUACAGAUCAUCGUGGGGAUCUUGCUCAUCUUCAUAGUGAAGUGGAAUCUGAAUGACUCAAGGAAACACUUCAUACUGAACCUUCUGGAAAACAUCGUCACAGCUCUUGUGUUUGUCAUCGUAGUUGUGAAUGUUUUCAUCACAGCAUUUGGCGUCCAAAGACCAGAAGAGAAGAAAUCAUAACCGGCAAUGCUGGUCAGGGUUUCCUACAGAUAUCUAUAGCUGGACAUUUAUUAUAAAAAAUGAAAUGUUAUCAGAUGUGCCUCUAUAUAAAUAUGCCUUAAAUAUGCGUUUUACAUGGAGAAACUUUGUUUUUAGUCCCAAAAAAGACGACAACAGGUUAGAUAAUAUAACUUAUGAAUCAUGAAUUCUGAUGAACACAAAUUUCAUUUAAAAAUGGCAAUUACAUAUAAUUGUUAUAUGGGUAAUUUGUUAAUUAUAUAAUGCACAAUAAUGGUGAAAUUGGAACGUUCAGCUAGAACCAUUUCUGACUUAAUUUAAGUCCCAAAGAAAAGACAAACAAUGGUCCAUGUGAUACCUUCAAGGCUGAAAUGAACAAUAACACCUCAACUCACAUCAUGUGACCUUCAUACUGCCUACCUGAUAGUCUCCGAUCACUGUAUUAUCGGCCUAUAGGGAUGAAAUGUAUAGAUUCAUUUAUGUGUGGUUCCAGUCUAUGGGUUCAACACAUUGUAACUCACUUGCACAGCACGUUUGUGUUUGUUUUUAGUCAAGUCAUAUUUAGAGGUCUUGUUGCAUGAAUAAGACAAAUGAAGGAUAAACUGCUUAUGAGGUCAAAAAACAAGGCACUUGCAGUUCAAGCUGAUUAUUAAUCUAAGUAAUUUGUCCAUAAAGGAUCUUUUCUCACAAAACUCAGUAACUUCACUACACAUGAAUAUAAAUUAUAUUAAAUAUAGUACAUUUUCUUUUAUUAGCCGACCAAAAACAUAAAUUUAGCUUUUUUUGUUGUUGAAAUAUUUAACUCGAAUUUGUAGCCUAUACACGGCGCAGUAAAGACUGAUAUAAGAGUGCCCUCUACUGUCUAGGAGCUACAUAAUGUCUUUUUCUUUCAAAUGUUUUUGACUUUUAAAUUUUAAUGUUGUUUAGUGUUUUCAUGUGAUUAUUUACGAUCCAAUGUUUAUAUAUUUCUUGAACUUUCUGUAUAUUUUUUAUGAAUAUCGUUUGUAUAAAUGACCAAAGAUGUUUUUCAUCUUUUUUUUUUAGAUAACAGUAUUGUAUCAUAAAAGAAAACCAAAUCAUUAAAAAUAAGUGCAUUCAGUCAUAA